CUCCCCGCGGGGUUGCCUUGGAGACAGAGCGUGCGGUGUGGAUUCGGCGACGCGCUGAGGCGCGGCCUUUGCUGUCUGUCUGUGGAGGGGGCUCAAAGGACCAACAGCAAGAUGAUGCUUUCAAGGGCCAAACCUGCUGUAGGCGGGGACGUGCAGCACACUGACAAGAGAAAGAAGAAAGGUAGGAAGGUUCCAAAACUAGAGGAGCUACUUUCACAAAGAGAUUUCACUGGAGCUAUUACCCUACUGGAGUUCAAACGUCAUGUUGGGGAGCAAGAAGAGGAUACUAAUUUGUGGAUUGGAUACUGUGCUUUUCACCUGGGUGACUAUAAGAGAGCUCUAGAGGAAUAUGAAAAUGCGACAAAAGAGGAAAAUUGUAAUCCUGAAGUCUGGGUGAACCUAGCUUGCACCUACUUCUUUCUUGGGAUGUAUAAACAAGCUGAAGCAGCUGGAUUUAAAGCUCCAAAAAGCCGGCUCCAAAACCGCCUGCUCUUCCACUUGGCUCACAAGUUUAAUGAUGAGAAAAAAUUGAUGAACUUUCAUCAAAACCUUCAGGAUAUCACAGAAGAUCAACUUAGUUUGGCCUCAAUCCACUAUAUGCGAUCUCACUACCAAGAAGCUAUUGAUAUAUAUAAGCGAAUACUGCUAGAUAACAGGGAAUACCUUGCCCUCAAUGUUUAUGUGGCCCUCUGCUAUUACAAGUUGGAUUACUAUGAUGUGUCUCAAGAAGUUCUGGCUGUUUACCUUCAGCAAAUUCCCGAUAGCACCAUCGCGCUCAAUCUUAAGGCCUGUAAUCAUUUUCGCCUUUACAACGGCAAAGCAGCCGAGACAGAACUCAAAAGCUUGAUGGACAACGCUUCUUCAUCCUUUGAAUUUGCUAAAGAACUCAUCAGGCACAAUCUGGUUGUUUUCCGAGGAGGUGAAGGGGCUUUGCAAGUUUUACCUCCCCUGGUUGAUGUCAUUCCUGAAGCGAGGCUAAACUUAGUGAUUUACUACCUUCGUCAAGAUGAUGUACAAGAAGCUUAUAACUUAAUCAAGGAUCUGGAACCUACUACCCCUCAGGAGUAUAUCCUCAAAGGAGUGGUUAAUGCAGCCCUUGGCCAGGAAAUGGGUUCAAGGGAUCAUAUGAAAAUUGCCCAGCAGUUCUUCCAGUUGGUGGGAGGAUCAGCUAGUGAAUGUGAUACAAUACCAGGGAGGCAGUGCAUGGCUUCCUGUUUCUUCCUGCUUAAGCAAUUUGAUGAUGUCUUAAUUUACCUCAACUCAUUUAAGAGUUACUUCUAUAAUGAUGACAUCUUUAAUUUUAAUUAUGCCCAAGCCAAAGCUGCAACAGGAAAUACCAGAGAGGGGGAAGAGGUAUUCCUCUUGAUCCAAAGUGAGAAGAUAAAAAAUGAUUACAUUUACCUCAGUUGGUUAGCUCGGUGCUAUAUUAUGAAUAACAAACCAAGACUAGCCUGGGAACUUUAUCUCAAGAUGGAAACCUCUGGCGAGUCCUUUAGUCUCUUACAACUCAUUGCUAAUGACUGCUACAAGAUGGGCCAGUUUUACUAUUCAGCCAAAGCUUUUGAUGUCCUAGAGAGACUGGAUCCCAACCCUGAAUAUUGGGAAGGCAAAAGGGGUGCCUGUGUAGGCAUUUUCCAGAUGAUCUUAGCUGGCAGAGAGCCCAAAGAGACCCUUCGAGAAGUGCUCCAUUUACUGAGAAGCACAGGUAAUACUCAAGUUGAGUACAUCAUCCGGAUCAUGAAGAAAUGGGCCAAGGAAAAUAGAGUGCCUAUCUAAAAUAGCUCCAGAGUCCUAGGAACCAGCUUCCACCUUGACAUAAAAUUGGAAAUCAGUUUCCUCAAGUUUAAUGUAAGAUGCAGGGUUCUACUGACAUUUUCUUUCCUUGCUCUUCAAGCCUCAAGUUCAGUGACUGACUUUCUUAGAUUUAGCCUCCUGGCUAAACAAAAUACUAUAGUCCAUGGCCCCUGUAUGAUCCUACGAGCAAUAAGACUUUGGACUUAUCUGGUGCCUUUCUUCCGAAAAUUACAUAAGAGUACCCUUAUGUAAUAUUUAUUGACUUUAAGGAGAACAGCAUAACUUUUUUUUAUGUUCUCAUUUCAUGGCAUUUUCUCAUAGUUGCAGUAACAAAUGUCUUUGACACUCAAGAAUCACCAUUGUUCUAUCAUUUUAUGUUUAGGCAUCUCUGUACAUCAUCCCAUUUUCUUGGGGAAUUCCAUAAAGGGUUUUGUAAAUGCAUCUCUUAAUCUUGGGAGAACAAAGAUUAUAACUAGCUAUGAGAUUCUGAGAAUGGCAGAUAAGAUCCUUAAUCAAACUGCCCAGUUAUUAAUAGAUAAUAGGCUUCUGGGAUUACUCUUUCAGUAAUUAAAUUAUUGAUGAUAAUAACAUGUUACAGUGGAGUAAGAGGAGUAUUGCAGUUUUUAAAAAGGUUAGUACUAUGACAAAAAAUGUGUGUAGUACCUCUAAAGAUAUUCAGGAAAUAAAAUAUAUAAAUCUCGUUAGUCACUUCUCCAUUAUAUUUUAGGGAACAAAACAGGUUAGAUUUUUCCUAAUGUGUCUUGCUGAAUAAACAUCAAUUUUGAAAGUAGGGCUACAAAGAUUAUGUGCAUUGUGGGCAUUUAUUAACAUAAUGAUAAUAAAACAUGGGUUGUGUAAAACCCUUUGAAAGACCUCCUAAUGGCUAAACUCUGUCCUAAGACAUAUUCCAGCCCCAUGUUUCUGAGCUCUGACAACAUAAACCUACUAUACAAUUGAGCAUAUGCUCAUAGCCUAUUUCCAGAAAACAGACUCACAUCUUUUUAUAUUUCAGAUUGCCUUUCAGAUUGCCUUCCUAUACCACGUGAGUUUUUUCUGUUAGCUUAAGGUACCUAGUGUUACAGGUCUAGAAAGUCCAGCGCCAUCUCUAUCAUCCCUAACAGAGAAUGGAUGGGAAGAGAAUUCAAAGUCAGAAUUCCUUGAGGCACUAAGGUCAGAAAAAUUCGUAUAAGCACUCCAUUAGCUGUUUCACUUAUUCCACCAACAUCCCGACAUCCCACUCUGGGUGAUGAAGUUGUAUAGAACGGAGAUUAAAACAUAACAGGAUUUAAAGCAGCCAAGGAGAGAAGAUCAAUGACUGAAGAUAGCCUUUACCUUCUGGACAGCCGCAAGGGGUUAUUUCCACUUUACUCAGGAAGAUGGCCAGUUUUCCUAUCUUGUAUCUUAGACCCAGAUCUAAUCAGUUGAGAGCAUAAAUCAAAAUAAACUGGCCUGAAUAACUGAAUUCUGGGAUACAAAGAUACAUCAUUUUUCAUAUGCCAAAGCUUCUCUGUUUCCUUAUUGUGUUGUUCCUACCAAUAAUAACUGGUUCUCAGCACAUAAGGUACUAGAUGGGUCAGACCUGGGCAGAAUCUGCUGUAAUUUUUAGAAUCAUUCUUAUAAUUCUUACCUCAUUUAAAAUAUUAGACAACACAGUAAUGGAAAAGACAGAUAGAACUCCUUAGUAGAUUUUGGCAGUGAAAUCUGACAGUGAAUUAUUAUUAUUUCAAAUUUCCUAUACUUGAAAAGCUUUUCCAUUGAUGGUGAUUUACUUUUAAAUGAACUUUUGUUGAAUUUAAUACUCUCGAUUCUCUCUGACAGUUUCCUGUCUUUUGGGCAAAAACCAGAUAUUCCAAAAAUAGCAGAAUUUUAGACUAAUUUUUUAAAAAUUUUUAAUCUAUAGGAUUGAGCCAAAAAACAUAAAGACUCGUUUAAAGAGAGGUACCGUCCAAUUCUGUUAUUAAGGACAGUUACUUCUGAAAUGUCUUGACAAAGUUUCAAGAUUGAAGAGUAGUAUUCCAUGGCUAUUUUUCUUACAUGUGAUGACAGAGAGGAAGGCCCACAUUUAGGAAUGUAGUGAAAUGUGUAUAGUUUAUAGCUUCAAUGUACUAUUUAUAGUCUGUAGCAUAAGUUACUUGCAAAUGGAAAAAUAAUUUUUACAAUUAUUUUUAUACUUCAAAAGAAUUACUAUACACUACUGUAUUAUAUUCAAAUUAAAGUUUAUUAUUUGGUUCUUA